UGCCCUCUCUGAGUCGACCUGUCCUGAAGUCCAAACUCCAAACCCCUGACCCUCUCUGACCUCGGAGAUGGCGGCGUCGCUCUCCAAGCACCUCCUCUUCCGCCUGCGCGGAGGCGGCGGCGAGCAACGCCUCCUCCUCUCUCGCGCCUCCACUUCACACGCCUCAUCACCCGCGCCUCCUCCGCCCCCUCCUCCUCCAGGCGCGGCCGCGCCGCCGCCCCCAGGGGCAGGGAAGGAGGCCAGCGCGUGGUCCAAGCUCUUCCUCUUCGCUCCCGGCGCCAUCACCUUCGGCCUCGGCACAUGGCAGCUCUUCCGGAGGCAGGAGAAGAUAGAGAUGCUGGAUUACAGGACGCGGAGGCUGGAGAUGGAACCCGUGGCGUGGAACGAGGUGGCCUCGACCGGCGCCCUGCGUGAUCCAGACGCGCUGGAGUUCCGGAAGAUCGUAUGCGAGGGCGAUUUCGACGAGGAGAAGUCGGUGUUCGUCGGACCUCGCUCCCGGAGCAUCUCUGGUGUGACGGAGAAUGGGUAUUAUGUGAUCACUCCGUUGAUUCCUAGGUCGACUGAGCCUGGCAGUUUGCAGUCACCUAUCCUUGUGAAUAGAGGAUGGGUUCCUCGUGGAUGGCGCUAUAAAAAUGUUAAGGAUCACCAAAUCCUGCAUGAAGCUUCAGAACCAAAAGCUGUUAAACAGCCAGAUGGAAAAAGUUCGUGGUGGAAGUUCUGGUCUAAUGAGCCUAAAUCGUCUCCUGAGAUUGAAAAACCUAGAGAACCUCCUGUAAGAGUUAUUGGAGUAAUCCGAGGAAGUGAGAAGCCAAGCAUAUUUGUUCCAGCAAAUGAGCCCAGUAGUGGCCAGUGGUUUUAUGUGGAUGUUCCCAUGAUUGCUCGUGCUUGUGGGCUUCCUGAAAAUACUGUUUAUAUAGAAGAUAUAAACGAAGACGUCUUGCCAACAAACCCUUAUCCUGUUCCAAAAGAUGUCAACACCUUGAUUCGUCACUCAGUGAUGCCAGAAGACCAUCUUAAAUACACUUUUACAUGGUACACUCUUUCUGCUGCUGUGACUUACAUGGCUUCCAAGCGGAUAAAGGCUAAGAAGGUUAGGUUGUAACAGGAUUGGAGUCCACCAUAUACUUCGCACAUUGAAACCUAUCGCAGAUGCCCAAGCUUAUGCCUCUUUCAUCUCAAGCAAUAAGUAUAACAUUGCCCUCUUUUGUUUUAGUAUGUUGUACAUUGACUAGCAGUUUCUCCUGGUGGAGCUCAGAGGAUACAGGAAUUUUGUUAGCUUGAUUCCUGCCUCCUUGUAAAAUUUUUGUCAGGGAGCUUUCAUACAGGGUAGCCUUAUCUUCUUUUAGCAUUUUUGUAUGAUGAUUGCUUCACCCGAGAAAUUGUUGAACUGGGUUGUCUGACAUUGCAUUUUCCUUAGCUAGACUGGGCCGUUGCCGCCUUGCUGGCUUGCGUCGAGGUCACUAGCACCAAAAGGCUUUGUGCCCCUAUACUAGGAACAUCUGCUGAUGGGCUUCAUGGUGCUUUCACUAGCAGCUGAUUCUAAUGGCCACAAUCAUAUGGAGACCUAAAACGAGUUCGUAUCAUGUAUUUUCUUUUUCGAUUCAGUUUAUGUGUUCGUGCCUUAGCAUGUUUUCCCACCAUCUUAGUACUCCAUCAUUUGAAAUUGUCAGGCAAGCAAUGCACUUGUCCGGCAACAAUUUUUUGUUACGGCACGUUUGUAGAGGCUUGUGAUUUGUGAAAGCCAGUGUAUUGGAAAAUACAUUGGAGACAAAUUUAUAUGCUCA